AUGGCUGACUCCACUCCCCCUUCCCAAGUACAAACCUCUGCCUCCAACACCAAACCCAAUGUUCCUCCCUCUCGUUAUCAUGGCGUCAGCUUACACAACGGCAAAUGGAAAGCAGAAGUUUAUAGUUGGCAUCACUCUAAAACCAUAUGGCUAGGUCUCUAUGCUACGCCAGAAAUGGCCGCCAUUACUUAUGAUGUGGGUGCACUCGCAUACAAUGGGGGAAAUGCAGUGUUUAAUUUUCCUGAUGCAUUACGAUUACAUCCUGUACUAAAAACAACUUCAAUUACUCAUGUUCGAGCAGCAGCAACAGAAGUAGCAACACAAUAUGGUCUGAGGCCUAAGGCUGUAGAUGCAUCUGAGGUGACAUCACAGGAGAUAGGUGAGUAUGUUGAUGAGGAUGAACUUUUCUAUAUGCCACAAGUGUUGACUGACAUGGCAGAGGGGUUGAUGAUAAGUCCACCAAGAUUGGGCCCUCCAGAGCAUUAUGAGCCACUAGAAGUUGUUCAAGAUGAUAAUUUAUGGAAUUUUGAUGACUAA